AUGCUGAUGCUCAAUAAUAUCAGACCAACUAGACGAACGAGUAGACUUUCAAAGCUUACCAACUGUUUCAAACUUUCUUGUGAGAAGGACUCGGACAUCACAGUCAUACGCAUGCCGCGAUCUGAAUAUUGGAAGUACUUUGCUCGAGACAAGAAGAAUUUCUAUGUCGGCACAGAGCCAGAGAGGUUGUGGACAGUAGAUAAACUCGAGGAGGAGUUUGGAAUAUAUCAGGACUUGCGACCUUCUUUUUGGAGGAUGGUGGAAUCGGAGGGUAGAGUUUUCAAGAAAGAUGUUGAGGAUUGGGGUGAGAAGGAGGGUCUGAGAUCGUCGCAUGACGGCGUGUACUUUGAUUAA